ACAAGAGACAGACAAUACGCCGUUAAAGUGCGCGUUUUGCCAUUCCUGAAAAUAGCAUAUAUCACACACCUUUCAAUCUAAUCAUCAUCUCCUUUUCCUUGAGUAUACCCUAGCAUCCCUUGCAACGACGACAUCAUCAUCGUCAUCACUCUUUUCAAUACAGAUAUAGCCCUUCAGGGUGAUCUGGAUGAGAUUAUAGAGUAAGGUUAUCGGACAAUUUCAUACAAUCCACUUCGCCACCUUUUGCAAGUCCAACAAUAUGCCAACUCAACCAUUCCCAGGGGCUUCUUCAAGGCCAUUGUUGGGCUCAUCCUCCCAAGGUAGACAACAAGGUACAGCUAGAGAUCGUCAGGCCGAAUUGGCUGCCGCUUUUGGAGGAAGUGAUGAUGAAGAUGAGGAGGAAAAUUCUUCAAUGUAUGGCAGAAGUGUGGAUAGAAACAUGAUCGAUGAUGCAUCCCGCGCUGGACCUUCUUCCUCUUCGCCACCUCUUUAUUCCUCUUCGCCUCUUCAACAUCCUCGUCCACUAACACCCACUGACAGUGAUGUCUUCUUUGAUGCAGGUGAUGCGAUCGCACAACAGCAGUCUAAUGAUCCUUUGGGAGCAGAGCGUGUCAAUGCUGAUCAAGCUCACACCAUCCCAGAAGGAUCCCAUCAAUCAAACAGAACAGAUCGAAAUCCCUCCGAUUCUGAUGAAAGGCAAAGGAGCUCAUACGAUUUCGAACAAGCAUCCUACUUUGCACCUCACAGACCACCCGUUUCUAGACAGUCAAGUAUGUUGCAGUCGCAAACACCAAACGCAGCUUUGGAGGGCAAUCCAGUCGAACAAGAAGCUCAUGGAGAUGUGAACGGCUUAGGCCGUGAAGGCACAAGUCAAAACAAUAUCUCUCGUUUUCGUUAUGCACUCGGACGCUUCGGUCGUUUUGUUGGAAUGCGUGUCCCUGGUGCGACGUAUACAUCCUUGCACGGAGAAGAAGAUCAUCCGGCUAAUGCAAGCAGAAGACGAGUGAUGGGAAGUGGGAUCGGUCAAGAUGGUGUGUUUGCCAAUCUGAAUGCCAAACCCGAAAGAAGAAGAAGGCGCGGAGAGAAUGGAGAAGAUCGAGGAGAAGAUGACGAUUUGGCGGAUGAUGUCUUGCCGCCUGCAUACGAGGUAGCAGCUGCUGAUGCUGCGCCUCCAUACUGGGAAACGACCAUCAUUGGUGGCCCUGGAGGAUUUCAUCCAUUGGCUCCUGGAGGAGCAGGCUGGACACCUGGAGGACCUCAUGUUGGUGCAUUGGAAGAUUUGAUCAUCGAAGGAUUGCCAUUAGGAAACUUCUUUGGUCUUGCAUGGAACUUGCUCGUUUCGAUGAGCUUCCAGUUCAUCGGUUUCUUGCUCACCUACCUCCUGCAUACCACCCAUGCUGCACGGUGUGGAUCGCGUGCCGGUUUGGGUAUUACGUUGGUUCAAUACGGUUUCUAUUUGCGUACUCGUGCUGCUCAGAUAAUGGACGGUACUUUACCGGAUGAUAUGAUGGGACCAGGAGCAGAUCCACCGCUUCCUUCUGAACAAUCGAACAGGGUUUCUUGGUGGUCCGAAUCUGCUGGCAUGCAGCAAUCAACGACGGAUGAACAGAGCGCACCUCCUUUGCUUGCACGUGGUAUCCACUUCGUAUUCCGACGAGCAACUGAAGCGACUGCAACUGCUACAGCCAGCAAUGGUACAUUGGCAGAUGCUUUAGCAGCUGAUGGAAAUACGGUCACCCUUCCUACGGCUGAAAGUAUGAGCGCAAGUACGGAAUGGUUAGCAUUCAUUUUGAUGGGUUUAGGAUGGUUUAUCCUUCUUACAUCGCUUUUCAGUUAUUGGAGAGUUCAUAGAUGGGGAACUCAAUUGGUCGAAGCUGCAAGACGAGAGAAUGAAGGGAACAAUGAAUCAAAUACCACAACGGGCAAUGAAAAUAACGAAGAAACUACGGAUGAUGCACCUGUUGGAUUCUUGUAUACUCUCCGUCAAGCUCUUAGAAAUACACGUGAAGCAAGCAGAUCAAGAAGACAAGGCAGAGCACAUUCAGCCGAAGAUUGGAUCAUCUUUCCUGGCAGACCGAGAAGAGAUUUAUUAGAUAUACCCGAAGGACAUCCAGAUGGUCAAAGUGCGGAUUUAGAGGCGGGCAAUUUAUCCGCAGAGGAACGUAGGUUGUUGGAAGAUAUGCGAAAUGUUGGUUUGGUUUGAUAAUGAUGUACAUUUAGAUGUUAUAAUAGACGCAAUUUGCGGAUAUUCAUACAAUACAGCGUAUAUAGUACAAGAUGCGAGCGAG